AAUUCCUCAUAAAUUUACUAAGAAAAGAAUUAAUUAAAAAUCUUCAAACAUACAUUUUUGUAGUAUAUGUACAUAUAUGAAUAUUCGAGGAGUUGUAUCAAAUUAUCGACUUAAUUAUUUUAGGCUGUAGUCUAUUUGAUGCUAUAAAUGCUUCUAAGCAUUUUUCUUUCUUUAUUGAAAGGAAAGAAGAACGCUUCGAAACACUUUGCAUCAAGUGAAUCUAGGAUUUACAAUGGGAAAGUCAUUACGCAAAUAUCUUUAGAAUUUUUAUAUUUAAUACGUAAAUGAAUGAGAGCAUAAGAUAUGGGAAACAUUUUUAUAUAUUUGCAGUAUUUUUUGGUAUUGUGGUAUUUUUUCUUAUAUAUAUAAUUGCAUUUAAUCAAUUAUACCACAAUUUUAGCGCCAAAUGUAAUCUAAUUUUCCAAUUGGACAAUGUAUAGUUGGCAUCAUUGUUCGAAUAUCUUUGGUGAGCAAUAUCUUCUAUUCCAGACUUGUUCCAAUACAUUAAAGUUGGCAGCAUCAAAUCUACGUGACAGAUUGCUAUUCGUUUAUCCGAAUUUCAUUAUGUAUAUGUAUUCAACCGUUUCUGCCACAUAUGAUAUCUUAAGUGUAUUAGAUAUGUGAAUAUACACGUUACACGUGUCGUACGUUGUAGUUUUAUAAGUUGCGGAUAAAUUAUUAUAGAAAAAUAUAUUCUAAAUUGCAUAGCAACUAACACAUAAGAUGAGAGCUUUAUUAAUUGUUAGUCUGUGUUUGAUGACCGUUUUUACGGCAUCUGCAGAAAUUGAUUUUAAACAUUUGAAAUGCUUGGUUUGUAGGACAACUAUGAAAGAAUUGGAGGCUGAAGUAUCUAAAGCUAAUCCCAACAAAGUAGUCGAAGUAGGUAGUUUUAGAAUGGAUGCUAAAGGAAAUACUAUACACAAAAAGGUUCCAUUAACUAGAUCAGAAGUAUAUAUCUCAGAAGUGCUCGAUAAUGUCUGUGAAAAAAUGACAGAUUAUGUGAGAGCAAUCAAGAAAUCCAACAGUGAGUUAAUACUCUUCAAUCUCGUGUCUUCAACAGGUGGCAUGAACCCUCGGAUGAAUGAAAUAGAUAUAAUUCAAGAUGGUGACUUAAAUAAGAGCCUUCAACAUUAUUGUAGCGUCAUCGUGGAAGAAUAUGAGGAGGAUAUAGUGUCAUUAUAUGUUAAUGGUGCAAGCAAUAAGAAAGAAAAACUUUGCACAAAGAUUUCAAAUAUUUGCAAAAAUUAUGUUGACGAUGACGAAGAUACUGAUGCUGAUAAUGCCACAAGUUCUACUGGUGACUUUUCAUUUGAGGCUAAAGAUGAAUUAUAAGAGCAUUUAGAAUAAUUUUGAAUAAACGUGAAAAUAGAUGUGCAAGAGAUUUGAACAAAUGUGCAAAUAGGUCAAGUAUCGGACUUAAAUAACUUUAUUCUGCAAAUGAUAUAGAUAAGUAAUCAGCAUUUUUCUAUUAAAUUUAAUUCUAAAAUAAAGUCAACUAAUUUUG